AUGACUACAGAGCAGCAGAUCAAUGAGCAAGAGGAGUUGUUGAAGGAAAUGAUUCUGAUCAGCGGUCGCCCCACUGCAAGUUGGAUAUCUUCUGCCUGCAAACUUGUGUGGCAAAAGUGCGACAGUGAGCUGCUGAGCAAAUUUUCCAAAUGCAUGGCAACUUGCUCCCAAUUUUGCUUUUCCAAAGCACUGCAAGCUACCUCUGGUGCCAAGUUGUCUCCUGCAGUGAAAAGACUUGUGAAAGUUAUCAACCAAAGUUCCUCGAGACCUUUGGCCUGUGGUGACAAAUUGGUUCGAAAGCUGAAGAGGGAACGAUCUGAUGCAUCUGACAAAGCUGCUGGUUCUCCUGCUAAGAAGAUGCCAACCCAGAGCAGCUCCAGUACCAUGCCGGCAGUGGCAGAUGUACAGUCACUCUAUGCUUUGGCAGGUGUCUCCAUUGGCAAAACUUCUGCUAGUUCCAAAACUGCCAAUGCCACUGCUUCCUCUGUGGAUGGCGUUCUCAUUUCUUCUGAGGAGGAAAAGGAAGAUAGCACUGUGAAGCUUCCAACCAUGGACCAACCUGCUGGCAAAGCAUGGUUUGAUGCCAAGAGAGGCUGCGUGGUUAGAGGCAUUCCUGGAGAAGCUGGUGCUGUAGAAGAGGCCACUAUGUCACCUGGUGACUCUGGCUUUCUUGUGGCAACUUUUCCUGGUGAGAGUGGCUUUGAAACCGGGAUUCCGAAUUCUUUGAUCAGUUUGGCUAAAAGGUUCCCCUUCAGCCAGCAAGGCCAAAGGCAAAGCCAAGGCCAAAGCUAA